AUGUUUUUCCGAAAUCGAUCAUUUUUUUAUGCUUUUGUGCCGACGAUAAUCAUCUUUUUGAUUAUUUUUUGGCCGGAUUAUGAUAAAGAAAAGAUUGUGAAAGCAUCUGAUACGGCUAAAUUAUUCUUUAAAAAGUUUCUUGAACGAUUUUCGGUGAAUGAAAAGCAUUUGACUGUGUUAUUGGUUGUGGUGACAGAAAUGGCCGAUGAAGACAUUCAAAGAGCAAUGAAUUUCCUUGAAUGGUUAUGUCCAUCAAGAGAUCAAUGCUCAUUACAAACGCCUUUUUAUCAAAUGAUUUCACAAUAUCGGGUAUCGAAAAGACACCGUUUAACUGCUUGUACAAUCUACAAGAACAUGUCCACUCUUCUCACAGCUAUCAUGUGCUAUUUGCAUAAUCCAUUUCUUAUAAAAACUGCUGGCAAUUUUCGCAAUCAAUGGAAUGAUAAUAGCAAUCUAAAGAGAUGUGGUGAUUGUGUAAAUGCGGAUUGUUUGUUGGGAAUGCUAGAGAAGAAUGGGCGAGAAACGGUGCGAAGAGAUGAUUUCAAAAUGGGAAAUGGUGGAUAUUCAAUCGAUGAACAUGUCAAUCUACAUUUUCUUCCACAAUUAUGGCAAUGCGAGUUCAGCAGUCAGCUCUCAAAUUACAAAAUUCUGAAGUACAGCAGUGCGGAUACUGAAGGAAUUGCUAGACAAUUAGAAGAAUUAUUCGGAAAAGCUGGUGUUAAUGGACAAGAAAUCGAUUUUAUCAAAGAACAAUUACAAGGAGGACGAUCCCUUCAUUCCACAGUUGGUGAUGAGAAAAGAAAAGCAAUUGAGGAAGAGCUCAAAGAAUCUCCCGUUUUGAUGAAACGUUUCAUGGGACUUUUCUUCUUUGAUUAUCUGCUACUUGUCUCUCUUCUGCCGCCAAUUGUCCGCAUCGAUCGCUCGGAUAUCAUUCAAUUUCUCAACUUGAUUCAGAAAAAUCGUAAACAAACUGCAAUUCGACCAUCGACUGUAAAACUCUGGCGUAGCACUUCGAGUAUGAUCUUUCAAUUGGAACAAUUGAAGAAAGCUGGAUACAUGAAA